AUGUGUCGUUCGAUAGAUGUGCUCGUUUUGAUGGUGCUGUGCGUGGAUAUUAGAUUGUGCUAUGUCAACUUGGCAGACGUAGAGUGCGGUCUGGUGACGGGUCGGAGCGCACGGAUUGUGGGUGGCAGUGACAGCCUACCCGCAGAGUUCCCCUGGGCCGCCAGCAUUUGGAGACAGGGGACGCAUCAAUGUGGCGCCACGGUCAUCAACGAUAGAUGGCUGCUGACCGCUGGGCAUUGCAUCUGCAGUGUUUUCGACGAGAUCUACAAGUCGAAGCAACUCUCCGUUGUCGUAGGACACACUGAUAUUUCAGCCAGCGAGCAAAACGAGAAGCUCUCUAAGAUCAUCCCUCAUCCCGAAUACAGGUGUACAAAAAAGACAAAUGACGUAGCCCUCCUCAAGACAAUCCGUCAGUUACAAUGGACGAAUGUUCUCCGGCCAGCAUGCUUGCCUCAGCCUCUAGCUUCAGACUACAGUGGUAAAAUGGCAACAGUAGCUGGAUGGGGUUUUACAAAUGAAGACAGGGGAAUAGGAACACGACCAAAUAUUUUACAAAAGACUGACGUUGUAGUAGUGGAAAAUAACGAAUGCAACAAUUGGUAUGAAUCACAGGGAAGCAAAGUGAGGAUUAUUUCAUCUCAGAUGUGUGCAGGUCACGAAACUGGUGGACGAGAUUCUUGUUGGGCUGAUAGUGGCGGGCCGCUUAUGGUUAAAGGAGAUAAAGGUCACUCUACAGUUAUUGGUGUAGUAUCAACUGGGAGUGGGUGUGCCAGAGCUAAAAUGCCAGGAAUAUAUACAAGGGUAUCUAAGUAUACUGAAUGGAUCGUUUCAAGUAUCAAUGAGGACAGUUCAAGGUCAGGUUUUAGCUGGUUUUUUAGAAACGGGUAA